AAAUCUUUUUUGCUUUCUCCUUCCUUAUACCACAUAGACUUACCCUCUCUUCCUCUUUCUUCGUCUCUCUCUCUUUCUCUCUCGCCAAUAGUCAUUCGUGAAACAAAAAGAAGAAAAGAAAAAAAAAGCCACAGCCAUGUCCACUUAUACAGUCGAAGAUCUUUUACCUAGGAUUCAAGAAAGCACAGAUGCUAUGGAUUAUCCCAUGGCCUACGCCUAUUGUGAAAAAGCAUUACAACUUGCACCAACUGAUACUCGCAUUCUAGAAACCAUGGGUCAAGUAGAAAUUGAAUUGGAAAAGUUCGCUGACGCUCGACAACAUUUUUUACAAGCUAUUCAACUCCAACCUGACACUGGUUAUAGUAAAUACAUGUAUUUGGGUCAACUCUCGGUAGAAAUGGAAGCUAUUGGUGCAUUUCAAAAAGGAGUAGAUCUUAUGAUGAUGGAGUAUCAACAACAACAACAAGAAGAAGAAACAGCACAGUUAUUGGCAGACAAGAUCGCUAGUGCUUUAUGUUCUAUGACUGAAAUAUAUUUGACAGAUUGUUGUUUUGAACCUGAUGCCGAACAAAAAUGUGAAACAUACUUACAACAAGCACAACAAGUGAAUCCCAAUAAUGCUGAAGUAUACCAAUUAUUGGCAUCUGUUCGAUUAUCACAGCAACGAAACGAAGAAGCAGCAAAGAUUUUAGAAGAAAGUAUAGGUUUUUGGAUUGAAAAGGAAGUGGGUGAUCCCUCGAUCCCAAAUUACGAUGCAAGAUUGGGUUUAGUCAAAUUGUUAUUAGAAGUUGGUAUGAUCCCUCAAGCAUUCACGGUAUUGGAACGAUUACAAAAAGAGAAUGAUCAAGUGGUAGAUCUAUGGUAUUUGUAUGGUUGGACUUAUUAUUGUAUGGGUGAAGAUACUUCUGGAGAUGAUCGUUUGACUCAUUGGGAAGAUGCAAGAGAUUGUUUGGAAUUGGCUCUCAAGUUAUCUCAAGUGUCAGGUUAUGAUGAUGAUGCUUUAUUGGAACAUGCUAAAGAAUUGAUUACAUCUAUUAACACUGUGGUCCCUCCUUCUGCACCUGAAGAAGAAGUUGAAGUCUUACCUGAUGAUGAAGCCGAUUAUGUAUCAGACAAUGAUGAUGCCAUGGAAAUGUAAUUGUUAUUGUUAUUUAUUGUAGUAGUAGUAGUAGUAUAUUUUUUAUUACCUUUUUGUAUCAUUAUUUAUCAUGUUUUAUUUUUUUUUCAUUUUUAUUAUCAUUGUUUAAUAGUAUUUUUUUUUUACCCCUCCUUUUUGUCUUAUUAUAUUUAUUGUUCUUUUCUGCAUUUUUUUUUUAUUUCAAUAAAAUGUUGUUGU